GUGAUCACCACGGAGGGCAAACAGGGCAGUAAAGCUGCUGACGGCUACCACCGGAGGGAGCUGCACAAGCCAGCUACCUUCUUCAACCACAGCUUCGAACUGCCCUACAGUAACCCCUACUUUGAGCCUCCGCUCAAUUCGCCUCUCCAGGACCGACGCAGGGUGAAGCACGAGAGCCUGGACGACCUGCAGGCGUCCACGUAUUUUGGUCCGACCACUGUGUCCGAGUGCGUCAGCAGCAGGAAGCACAGCAACAAAACGGGGAAGCAGCCGUCGUGGCCAGUGAAGAGCCUGAGUCUGAACACAGAGGAGGGGCCUCCGGAUUUUGAAAGGUCGUUUCUGAACAGCAAACCGCUCAAAGAAAGUCACCACCGCAACGUCACCAUCAUCAGCAAUGACAGCGAGACGCACUUUCAGAGCCCAAAGGAGAAGGUGAUAGCUUCUCCAUCUGGCUUCGCAAAGAAAACUAACGGGAUAAAAAUGAAGGACGCUGCUCUAACGGCGAGCGGCCCUGCAGGUUUGGAGAAAAGAGAAGCGGCCAAAAGGUUCAGGGAGAAAAACAGCCCGUCCUUUCAGGGAGCGGACACUUCCUCCAGUGUCGGGACUCAAACCGAGCAGGCCGAGCAGAAGAAGGCGAAGGAUUACCCUGCCAAGUAUGGCGACAGAGAAAGACACGCUUUCAAACACUGUGAUGAGGAGCCUGAGACCGUCAGCGAUGACAUCAGUGACAUUUUUCGUUUUCUGGAUGAUAUGAGCGUCUGUGACUCUCUGGGCAUUGUCCAGUCGUCGUGCUACAACAGCAACGGGUCUCUCUCUCAGGUAACGCUGAAGUCUGAGGGCGACAGCUCCCCUGAACGCAACACGGUCAAACUCGCCAAGUCCAAGCUGGACCGCCUCUUCCAUUCGCUGGAGAACACGGACGACGAGCUGAAAUCGAGCGUGUGCAAGCUGGUCAUGAGGAUCGGGGAGAUCGAGAAGAAGCUGGAGUCUCUGUCGGGGGUCCGCAGCGAGAUCUCGCAGGUGCUGUCAAAGCUCAACAAGCUGGACGAAAAGAUCCAGGAGCCCGAGGCCAACGGGAGACACGGGGAGACGGCGUCUGCAUCCGCCACCCCAGACAAGCUGCACCCACACCCGGACACCACACUGUCCCCCCGAGUUUUCCAGUGCCACACCACCGGCCACAACAUCAAAAUGGACAGCGGCUCGUCGCCCGAGUGGUGCUGCGCAGACGGAGGUAACAGCGACAGCCUCAGGGUGAAAGCUCUGAAGAAGAGCAUGUUCAUACGGAGGUCGUCACGCUCGCUCAACGAGGAGAACGGCGCCACUGAGCCAAAGGUCGCCAGCAUCACCAACUCUACGCGGGACUGGAGGACGGUCUCGUACUCCUGCCACCCAGGAGACGAGGGCAAGGACAAGGACAGAGACAGCAAGGACAGACACCGCAAAGCCAAAGAG